AUGGGUUCAGUGUAUCUAGUGAUCGACGACAAUUCUAAGGCAUUAUUGUUGUAUCAAAAAGCACUUGAAAUCCAACAUAAAAAUCUUACUCCCGAUGAUCCUAGGUUAGCUGCUACCUACAACAACAUUGGUUCGGUGUAUCAAAAUACAGGGAAGUAUUCGAAAGCACUAUUAUAUUACGAAAAGGGGCAUGAAAUUCGAAAAAUAUUCUUCCUCCAGAUCACCCUGAUUUAGCAGCAUUAUAUAAUAAUACCGGCGGAUUGCAUUACCAGAUGAAUAAUUAUUUGAAAGCACUUCCAUUUUACGAAAAAGCACAUGAAAUUUAUUGUAAAAGUUUCCGUAACAACCAUCCAGACAUUGCUAAAUAAUACAAUAACAUGGAAGCGGUGUAAGAAAACAUUGGCGAUCACUCCAAAGCAUUAUUAUUCUACAAAGAAGCACUGGAAAUCGGGCUAAAAAUUCUACCAUCAAAUCAUCUUGAUUUGGCUGUGUCCUAUUCUAACACUUGUGUGAUGUAUUACAGCGCCAAAGAAUACUCAAAAGCACGUCUGUUCUUUGAACGUGCUCUUGAUAUCCGACAGCGCUCACUACCAUCAAAUCAUCUUCUUCUUCAAUCAUGCGGAGAGUGGAUUGGACUUGUAACAUUAAACUUGUGGUCCCAACAAUGGGUGCAAUAAAAAAAGCAGGAAAAUAAGUUUUCAUUUGUGAGUAUAGGUCUGUCUCCAGCUGGGUGGGCGUAGAUCUUGAUAUUUCUCUGUUAUACAAAUUCACACUCACACUCACAAAUCUCAGAGUAAAAUGUUUAUAUCAAGACAAAAGAAUACAGAAAGAGACGUUUUAUAAAUUGGAUGUGACCUAAGAAAAUGUAAAUCAUCAUUUUAUUUCAUCUUCUGAUUAUUAUUUUUUUCUAAUUGCUUGCCUUAGAAUAAGAUUGAAUAGAUACGAAAUUUCAAGAACUAUCAUUGAGUUCUAUACGAACUUUCUUCGUCUUGUUCUCCUAGGUCUUUUGGGCUUAUGUGUACCCAUAUGUGAUGAACUUGCAACGUUUGUCUUAUUUAUAAAAACACAUUAAUUGAAAAAUUUCUCUGCAAUUAAAAUGUGAAGUGCAUGGGC